AUGUGCAAGCAUAUCCUCAACGCGCAGGUUGCGAUCCGAUCAGCAUGCUGCCGCAAAUGGUUCGAUUGUGCGGAGUGCCAUGCUGAACAAGAGCAACAUCCACUUCUACAAUCACACGAUAUGACAUUUGCCUGCAAAAAGUGCAAAAAAUGUUUCCGGAAAGAUACUUUAGAGUUCGACGAGAGCGACGAAUACUGCCCCCACUGCGAUAAUCACUUUGUCAUCGAGGCCAAGAUUGCCAAACCGGCGCUCACCAUCGAAGGUGACGAUACACGCAUGAAUAACAAACUCCUCAAAGACGACAGAGCGCGAGGGAAACCGCUUCUCCGAUCGAUGUUCGACCCAGACGAAGAUACCAAUAAGCUGGGUUAA